AUGGAUCGCCUCGUCGCGGCCCUGCGAGUUGCCAAGGGCGACGAUGGAGUCACCGUCAAGAACAGCGAUUCGGCCUCGGCCACUCACGACACGGAGCCUGGCCAUCUCGAGGUCGCCCGCGAAAACAAGCGCCAGAUCGGCAUCCCCUCGGCCGCCCUCCUCAUCUUCAACCGCACCAUCGGCACCGCCAUCUUCGCCACCCCAGGCACCAUCCUCUCCCUCUCCGGCAGCGUCGGCCUCUCGCUCUUCAUGUGGAUCGCCGGCAUGGUCAUCGCCAUUGCCGGCACCGCCGUCUACAUGGAGCUCGGCACCGGCCUGCCGCGCAACGGCGGCGAGAAAAACUACCUCGAGUACGUCUACCGUAAGCCGCGCUUCCUCACCACAUGCCUCUACACCGGCUACGUCGUCCUGCUCGGCUGGGCGGCCGGCAACUCCGUCAUCUUUGGCGAGUACAUCCUCCACGCCGCCAGGGUAGAAGUCACCCGCUGGAACCAGCGCGGCAUCGCCCUCGCCUGCCUCACCUUUGCCUUUCUCAUCCACGGCGUCGCCCUCAAGUGGGGCAUCCGCUUGCAAAACUUCCUCGGCAUCCUCAAGAUUCUCGUCAUUAUCGUCAUCAUCAUCGCCCCGCUCUUCAACCUGAGCAAGGUCCGCGAGAACAACAACUUCUCCAGGCCCUUUGAGGGCACCACGGCCAGCGCCUAUGGCGUCGUCACCGCCCUCUACAACGUCAUCUGGAGCUUCGUCGGCUACAGCAACGCAAACUACGCCCUCAGCGAGACCAAGAACCCUACCCGCACCCUCAAGUACGCCGCUCCCCUCGGCAUCGGCACCAUUUCCAUUCUCUACAUCCUCGCAAAUGUCUCCUACUUUGCCGCCGUCUCCAAGGAGGAGAUUCUCGAGUCCAAGCGCCUCGUCGCCGCCUCGCUCUUCCGCAACACCCUCGGCGAAUCGGCCGAGCGCGCCAUGUCCGUCUUUGUUGCCCUCUCGGCCUUGGGCAACGUCAUGAGUGUCAUCUUUUCCCAGGGUCGCCUCGUGCAGGAACUCGGCCGUGAGGGCAUUCUCCCCUUUUCCCGCCUGUGGGCCAGCAACCGUCCCUUCAACGCUCCCCUGGCUGGUCUCUUUGAGCACUGGCUCGUCACCGCCAUCACCGUCCUUGCCCCGCCGGCUGGCGACGCUUACAACUUUGUGCUAAACCUCAUCUCGUACCCUCUCGCCAUCAUCAACGUCUUCGUCGCCGGUGCCCUAAUCCACCUCUACCGCAACCGGCAAUCCUGGAACUGGAACCCCCCCCUCAAGGCGACCCUCCCAGUUACCAUCUUCUUCCUGCUCAGCAACAUUUACCUCGUCGUCGCCCCUUUUAUCCCCCCUGAGGACGGGCAGAACAUUUAUGAAAAUCUCCCCUACUACAUCCACUGCGUGGUUGGCUUUGGCGUCAUAUUCGCCGGCGGUCUUUACUGGCUGGUCUGGGCCGUCAUAUUGCCCAAGCUGGGACGCUACGAGCUUGUCCGGGACACCGUUGUGGACGACAUCGACGGUUGGGAGAGAAGUGUCUUUUACAAGCGGCCGAUAAGAGCUGCCCAGGACGAUCAGCGGUCCUCGACGAGUCGUGACUCGUGA